UGGAGCCAGUACUUUCAAAGGGGAACAAUUGCUUGGAUGCAGCAAAAGCUUGUAACCUAAAUGAUACCUGCAAGAGGUUCAGAUCUGCUUACAUAACCCCCUGCACCAGCAGCACGUCUAAUGAAAUCUGUAACAAGCGGAAGUGUCAUAAAGCCCUCCGGCUAUUUUUUGACAAAGUUCCCCCAAAGCACAGCUACGGGAUGCUCUUCUGCUCCUGUCGAGACGUAGCCUGUACAGAAAGGAGACGGCAGACUAUUGUUCCUGUGUGUUCAUAUGAGGACAGGGAGAAACCAAACUGCCUGAAUUUACAAGAAUCCUGCAAGAAGAAUUACAUCUGCAGAUCUCGCCUUGCAGAUUUCUUCACAAACUGCCAGCCUGAGUCACGGUCUGUUAGUAGCUGUCUGAAGGAGAACUAUGCUGACUGCCUCCUCGCUUACUCGGGGCUUAUUGGCACAGUGAUGACACCAAACUACAUAGACUCAAAUAGUCUCAGUGUUGCCCCGUGGUGUGACUGCAGCAACAGUGGUAACGACAUAGACGAAUGCUUGAAAUUUCUAAAUUUCUUCCAGGACAAUACAUGCCUUAAAAAUGCAAUUCAGGCCUUCGGCAAUGGUACUGAUGUGAAUGUGUGGCAGCCAAUCUUACCAGUACAGACCACUACAGCCACAACUACAACAGCUUCCAGACUUAAAAACACAGGUUCAGAGACCACCAACAAUGAAAUACCCACCCACAACGAUUCACCAGCAUGUGCAAACCUGCAGGCACAGAAGAAGCGGAAAUCCAAUGAAUCUGUAGAUACAGAGCUCUGUCUUAAUGAGAAUGCUAUUGGGAAAGACAACACAGCAGGAGUCUCCACCAGUCACAUAUCUUCGGAGAAUUCGUUUGCUCGUCCUACAAGCUUCUGUCUAAGCACACAGCUCACUCUGAUGACACUUGCACUCUCAUUCUGUUUGUUCCUAAGCUCAUCAGUCGUCUUGUAGCUGCAUUACAAAAGGACAUGUUUAAAAAAAAAAAAACAACACAAAACAAACACCAAUAAAAAUCUGUUUCCUGUCCUCUGUUGUUUAUCUGGAAUUCCAGGUCUGGGAGCUAAGCUGAGGCACUCCUGCUAGAACAGUUUCAGUCAGCUGGAAUUUUUUUUUUCUCUCUCUAAAAAAGCUUCUUGUGAUCUUUAGAGGCUUUGUGAAAUACUUGGUGCAGUGCUACAUUCCAAACCCAAAAGGCUUUUGGGCAUGCAGUGUGUAAAGAGACAGUGUGUAAAUUUGCCUGUAAAGUGACCUGGUUGGAUUAUUUUAAUAAUAAUUAUUUUAAUUACGGCCUUUACCUGAGGAGGAUGGCAGUUUUCUUAAGAUCCUGUUUAUCUCAUUGAAUGGUUUUGGUUUCCAAAUUGAUUGAACUUCAGACUAUGAAGGAUGCCAGGCUUUUGUCUAACAGUGAAUGUUCUCCCAGAGAGUGGACUUUAUGAAACUUAUUCAUUUGAUAAAUUGCUACUGAUGUUAAACUCUUUCAGUGUAUUAGCAUUUUCCUCUUUAAAUGUUUAUGUACUGUAAGUAAUUCUGCAUUCCCUGCUGAGAAGCCAUUAUAUUUCGCAUACAGGUAUAAUGUACAUCUUUCAGUUAAAUUCUCAUAAAAAUAGAGUGUGGCAUAGAACUUUCUAACAGUACAUUUAU